GGAGCAUGAGUCUAUGAACGACACUUGGAACCGACGAUGGCCGCAGUCCCUCACUCCGUCUUCUCAUCUUUCCUCACUCACUCUGCUACCAUCUGCUUGCUUCGAUCAGAGGCAUGGCGAGCAUCAGGAGGAUGAAGCUGGGGUCACAAGGCCUGGAGGUCUCGGCUCAAGGGCUGGGUUGCGUGGGCAUGUCCGUCUUCUCUGGCCCCCCGAAGCCUGAAGCCGACAUGAUCAAGCUCAUCCACCACGCCAUCGACGCCGGCGUCGCCUUCCUUGAUACCGCUGACGUUUACGGUCCCUUCACCAACGAACUUCUUCUUGGCAAGGCUUUGAGUGGAGGGGUGAGAGACGAGGUUGAAUUGGCCACCAAAUUUGGUAUCAGCUUUGAGGACAACAAGAGAGAGAUUAUUCGAGGCGACCCGGCAUAUGUCAGGUCUGCUUGUGAAGGAAGCUUGAAACGACUUGGUGUAGAUUCUAUUGAUCUCUAUUAUCAGCAUCGGAUUGACACCCGUGUCCCCAUCGAAGUCACGGUGGGGGAGCUCAAGAAGCUUGUUGAAGAGGGUAAGAUAAAGUACAUUGGUCUGUCUGAGGCGUCAGCUUCAACAAUAAGAAGAGCCCAUGCUGUUCAUCCAAUAACUGCUGCGCAGCUGGAGUGGUCCUUGUGGUCAAGAGAUGUGGAGGAAGAAAUAGUUCCUACUUGUCGGGAACUUGGCAUUGGUAUUGUUGCAUACAGUCCUCUAGCAAGAGGAUUUUUUUCACUGGGGGCCAAGUUCAUUGAAAGUCUUCCAAACAAUGAUUCCCGAAAGAAGUUGCCCAGGUUUCAAGCUGAAAACCUAGAGCAUAAUGAAACAAUAUUCCAGCGGGUUAGUGAACUUGCAGCAAGGAAGGGAUGUACCCCAUCUCAACUUGCCCUGGCUUGGAUUCAUCACCAAGGAAAUGAUGUGUGCCCUAUACCCGGAACUACCAAGAUUGAGAAUUUUGACCAGAACAUUAAGGCUCUAUCUGUAAAACUGACACCAGAAGAAAUGGCUGAGCUUGAAUCUUUUGCUUCGGCAGAUGCUGUUAAGGGCGACAGAUAUCAGACUGGCAUCAGUACUUGGAUGAACUCUGAAACUCCACCACUGUCUUCAUGGAAAGCCACAUAAGUAUGUGCCUAGCCUCUCAAGUUAUGUCAUUGUAAUGCCUGUUUGUACCUUGAAAACUUAGUGAAUUUCUUUACUCUGAGAAUAUGUAGUUAUUGUGGGUUCAGUAGUUUUUGGGAGUGAUAUACUUUGGGACGUUAAACAAAUUAUCAGUAGCUUCAGCGGUUCAGCCUUCAGGUGUUUUGACUUGCAAUUGAUAAUUUCACAAUGAAGUGUGAAAUUACUUUCCAAGAAACCUCAAGUUGGUUUUGUUCACUAAUCUUUCAGGGGGGUUGAUACAAAUUACGAAAUCAAAAUAUACAAGUAUCA